GGUAACUCUAGUUCGUAGUGCCCGCCUGCUUGCCAGGUGUUGAAGUUACUUGAGCAAACGAUCGACCCAUACGUUCUGCAAAAACAGAAGGGCGUGAAGUGUGUUGCAGGUGUUGCAGUAUGAGUGGAGAUACAUUUGUCCUGCACAAGGGAGGAUGUCACUGUGGCGCCGUCCGGUUCCAGGUCUUUGCUCCAAGUGUUCUCCAUGUAUUUGACUGCAACUGCAGUAUUUGUGUAAAAAAAGGCAACAUGCAUUUCAUUGUGCCCAAGUCCAGGUUCGAGCUCAUCAAGGGGGAAGACAACAUAGAAGUGUAUACAUUCAACACCCACAAAGCCAAGCACACCUUCUGUAAGACCUGUGGUGUCCAGAGUUUCUACUCUCCCAGAUCAAACCCAGAUGGCUAUGGUGUCGCUCCCCACUGCCUUGACCCUGGAACUGUGGAGAAGAUUGAGGUAGAGACAGUCGAUGGCCAGAACUGGGAGAAAUUCAUGAAGACUUCCGACAUCUCCAAGUAUUCCAAGACAUAAAUAGCAGCGGGAAUUUCAUCCUUGUUUUAAUAUUGUAUAAAAUGGAGAAUGACUGUUAAGGAGAAAUUGAUCCAGUUACAUUUUUCUAAUCUUUCUUUGAUUUUCUAAUCAUCUAUGCAAUGUUGCAGCUAUGUCACAGGUGAUUAUUGUGUCUUUCUUAUAUUAGGUAUACUCUGGUUUUCAAUAUUUACUAAUAUUUAUUAGAUCCUUUUAUAUAUUUUAAUUAGAUCUUCUCCAAAUUUCGAUUUUAUAUUAGAUCCUUUUAUUUCUUUUAAUUAGAUAUUUUCUUAAUUUCUAUUAUUAAAAUCUUCUCUGAAUUUCCAUUUGUUAGAUCCUUUUUGUUAAUUUAAUUAGAUAUUUGCUGAAUUUCCAUGCUUGCGACUAAUGGGAUGGAACCUGGAAGGGGUGGUCGGGUAGCCUAGUGGUUAAAGCCUUCGCUCGUCACGCCGAAGACCCGGUUUGAUUCCCGACAUGAGUACAAUGUGUGAAGCCCAUUUCUGGUGUCCCCUGCCGUGAUAUUGCUGAAAAAUUGCAAAAAGCGGCGUAAAACCAUACUCACUCACUCACUCUGACGUGGGAUGUAUGACUUCAGUAUUCUCUUUAUUGGAAAUGUUCAUGUUGGUUCUCCUAAUGUGCAUAAUACUUCUUGACAUGAUCAUGUGUGUGAUGAACUUGAUCUUUUCAAUCAGGAAUAAAUAAUUACAUACUU